GCGAUCAUGAAGUUCCUCAUCGUUGUCCUGGCGUGUGCCGUUGUCGCCGAGGGAAUAGUCAGGGUCCCUCUGGUGAAGCACAAGUCUAUCCGUCAGGCUCUGAGGGAGAAGGGCAUCCACCUGCCUUACCAGGACCCUGCCCUGAAAUACCAACCUACUGAGUUUGCAGGCGGCUCCACUGCAAUGUACAUCAACAACUAUGCUGAUACCACCUACUAUGGAGCAAUUACCAUUGGCACGCCACCCCAGUCCUUCCAGGUGUUGUUUGACACUGGCUCUGCAAACCUGUGGGUAGAUUCUAUCUACUGCAACACCCAGGCCUGCAAUGCACAUACAAAGUUCAAUCCCCAGGCCUCUUCCACUUACUCUGCCAAGGGACAGACCUUCUACCUGCCCUAUGGAGCCGGGAGCCUCUACGGGGUGUUUGGAUAUGACACUGUCAAUGUUGGUGGGAUUGUCAUCAACAACCAGGAGAUUGGACUAAGCACUAAUGAGCCAGGUCAGAACUUUGUUGUGGCUAAGUUUGACGGCAUCUUGGGUCUAUCCUACCCUACCAUCUCUGCUGGAGGGGAGACCCCCGUCAUGGACAACAUGAUGUCCAAGCGUCUCCUGCAGGCAGACAUCUUUGCCUUCUACAUGACCGGUGGCGGGCAGCAGGGCAGUGAGCUGUCAUUCGGAGGAGUAGACAACACCAAGUAUUCAGGCCAGAUCUACUGGACUCCCGUUACCUCCCAGACCUACUGGCAGAUUGGUGUUUCUGGGUUCGGGAUUAACGGCCAGGAGACGGGCUGGUGCAGUCAGGGCUGCCAGGCCAUCGUGGACACAGGCACCUCCAUGCUCACCGCCCCUAGUUCGCUCAUAGGAGGCAUCAUGCAGUCCAUCGGAGCCCAGAGGAACCAGUAUGGACAGUACGUUGUGGACUGCAGCCAGGCCAGCAACCUUCCAACCUUUUCCUUCACUCUGAGCGGGGUUCCCUUCCCUCUGCCUCCCUCUGCCUACAUUCAACAGGAAAACCAGGAGUGCGUGGUGGCCAUCACCCCCACCUACCUGCCCUCUCAGAACGGACAGCCUCUGUGGAUCUUUGGAGACGUGUUCCUCAGGUCAUACUACUCCGUCUACGACCGCGCCUACAACCGCGUGGGCUUUGCCACCGCUGCCUAAACCUGGCACAUGUAACGUGACCGGAGACAACAGGAUGAUGACCGCUAAUUGCUGCAAUGCUCCAGUGUUCCAU